UCAUUAUAUUUAAAUGAAAAUACAAAUACCUAUUUACUUUUUUCGGUAUUGGCUAUGCAUGUAUGUACAAUAUGUUUUAUUUUAGUUGUCAGCACAGAUGUCUCGGCUAUCGUUGGUGAUAUGACAAAAUGUUAUAGAAGGAAUUCUAUUAUCUACCAUUAAAUGUGUUAGCUACAGCGAAUACAUUCAAAAUUUUUAGUGGAGUAAUUUUACUACGUAUAACGUAUAAGAAGUUGUGAAAAUGGUGAAAUUGGUUUUGCUUAUCGACAAAAUAUGUGCGUUGAAAGAACAUUCUAUGGAUUGCAAAGGGUUAGAAAGAUAUAAUAAUAUAAAAUGCGUAUAUGUAGACAACGAACUGAGUUGUUUAACAAAAAUUGAUUCCGGUGAAAUUGAUUUUGGUUUGAUAAACGCCGAAACAUUGUUUUUGGGAACACACUUAACUUCGAACGUUGUCGCAAUUGCCCAAACUAAGCCAGAAACAAAUGUUCACUACUACCAAUACGAAACGGUUAUAGUAUCAAGAGAACGUUUUAAACCUCAGAAAGGAAUGAGUUAUUGUCACCCAGGUUUUAAACCAACAAAUAUUCCGCCAUUGAUUUUAAAAGAAUUCGAACAACAAGUUAUUGGGACAGAUUACGAUACUAAAUUUGAAACUUCGAUUGAAAGCGAAAUUUCCGCCUUAAACAAUUAUUUUGGGCCAAGUUGUCGACCUGGGGAGUGGACUCUUAAUAAACCAUUGGAUGAAUAUCUACAUAAUAAAUAUACAAAACUAACUGAAUUAUGUGAUGAAUUAAAGGCACCUUCUUUCGAACAGGCCUUGGAGUGUAUGCUUAAAAAUAAUCAUUCGAUUGCUUUGUCUUCAUUGAACACAGUCAAUGGUAUGGGUAAUACAAUAACUACACCUUUGUGGUAUUAUUGCAAAAAUGGAACGGUUUCGAAAGAACCAUGCGUUUGGAGUAAACAGCCACAUAAAUUAUUAAUUGUAAACACAAAGGAGAACGAUUUAAAAAAUUCUCUAGAGAAAUGGUUAACAGCUAACCGAGAUUUAGCAGAUAAAGAGUUAGAGUACCUUAAAGAAAUUCUAGAAGAUAACGAAAACUCUAACGUUCAAUUAAAAUAUAGGUUUAACAAAGAUGAAUUAUUACAAACUUGGACAAAUUUUAGUAAAAGUUUUAGGUAUAUUCCACCAUCAUAUGAUUCGAUUAUCUCCAGACGUAAAAUGAGAUGGUGCACAACUUCCGAUAAUGAGCAAAUGAAAUGUAAAUGGUUAUCUCAAGCCGGUGUAAAUUACGGGAUCCAGCCGGUUGUAGAAUGUGUCCAAAAAUCCAGCGAAUUUGAAUGUCUUAAAGCGAUCAAUAAAAAUUCUAAAACCGCCGACUUAAUGGUAAUAUCUACUGAUUUAGGAUAUGCAGCAAGAAAAUAUGGUUUAUCCGCAAUAGCUUUUCCAGUAACGAAUCAAGCAAUCAACACCUUACUGUUGAUUAAAAACAAUAGAAACAUCACGCGACUAGAAGAUUUAAAAGGAAAAAGAGGUUGUUUUCCAUUAUACGGUGGAACUGCUUGGUUGUCUUUUGUUAAAGUCCUCAAAGGAAUCGAUUUGCGAAAUGAAUCCAGCGAUUACGGAAAAUUAUUAAGUGACUUGUUGGGCGAUUCUUGUAUGCCUGGAGCUAUGGAAACUAACCGAGCCUUUGAUGAUAAAAUUGAUUUGAAAAAAAUGUGUAAAUUAUGUACAGAAACAGGAAAUACUUGUGGCGCAUCCGAAGCGACAAACUUAUAUUUUAACACAUCUGGUGCGCUCAAAUGUUUAGAGGAAAAAGGAGAUUUUGCUGUGAUCGUCAAAGAUCCUACAAUAAAGUUCCCCACUAACGUUAGUGUGAUGUGCAAAAAUGGAACAUUUUCGAUGUUGGAUAGUUUUGAUGUGGACGAAGGGUGUUAUUUAUCUACUGUGAUAUCAAGCGAGAUUAUAACGAGAAAUAAUGACCCAUUAAACAACGAUAGCCAAUUAGCAUUUUUGGAAUUCGAAUACUGGUUUUCUAAUUACCCUCAUAAACCUUUUGGAUUAUUCGAUUCUUUUAAUAAUAUAAACGAUUUACUUUUUAAAGAUACAACUAAAGGACUUGAAUUGCCAUCUUCGGAGAAAGAUAUUAUCAAGAAUUAUGUUAAACUCUUGGACCAUAUCAACCAUUAUGAAAACGGGCAUAACAAAGCAUUUUGUGUAGAUAAUUCUUCAAUCACGUUUUUUACAACAAUUGUUAUAAUAGUUACAAUUUUUCUGAAUAGUUUUUAAUUAUAAUUAUACAGUCCACUCCCUAUCUAAUUUGAAAACGUUAAAUAUAAGAUAAAUACAACAGAAAAACUAAAAGUUCACAAAAAAUCGUUCAUUAAACACUCUCACUGCUCAUUCUUUGCUGUAAGCUCAUUCUUACCAUCUUAACAAUUUCUCGACCUUGCUUCGAUGACAGUAGAAGAUAGAAAUGAACAAAAUUAUUUCAACACGACUUUAUAUAAAUAUUUUACCUUAACGAGAGGCAACGAGAGUAAAAGUAGACUAACCCCACAAGCCUGUCUUUUAAGCAAUGAGCAAGAUUAAGUAUUGGCUUAUUUUAUUUUUCAAUGAAUUGCAUGAUUAAUAUGCUAUCUGUUGUUCCCACUCGGUGUACAAACUUACACCAUGCUUUCUCAUGCUUUGCCAGAUGCAAAAUUUUGCAAUAUUCCAUUCCCUUCUUAUAUCGCUGUUUCUAAUCUUAUUAUACCUUUUCCACUUAGUUAUAAUUAUAAUUCAUCCAUAUGUGCUAUAAACACACUUGGACUCAAUUCUUCUCCCUGCCGAAGGCCAUUCUUCGACAUAAAUUCUCUCGAUCUUAAAUUUCCAUAUACCACAGCAUUAACAUUCCAUAAUUUCUUCCUUGACACACUAUCAAACGAUUUUUUCAAGUCAAUAUAUCCCAAAAAAAUUCCAUUGUCUGCAUAAUCUUUUUAACUAUUUUUGGAUAGUGAAUGUGUUGUCUUGUAUAUUCCUGCCUUUUUCAAACCCAUUUUGAACUUUAUCUAAUUUUCUUUCAACUGUUGGCCUAGUUUUGUUAUCAAGAAUUUGUUAUGGUAUUGCCCAUUCUAGUACUGUUAUUUCUUUGUAGUUCCUGCAGUCUUUUUUGUCAUUCUUUUUAUGUAUCGGGACUACUAACGAUAUUUGCCAGUCUUUUGGGAUUACUUCUAUUCUUCUUUCUGCUUAUAUUGAUCAUAACUCCACAUAGUUCUUUUGUUUAAAUAAUUUUUCUAAGCAUAUUUCUUUAUUUUUAAUACAUUGUCUUAUUUAUUCAGACCACCACGCCAUUUGCUUCUUGUUGCUAUUUUUUGUCUGCCUACGUCAAUUUGUCCUUUAUAUUAGUAAUUAUUGUAGUAAGUUGUCAUUUUUGAUGUUUUUAUGUCCUUAACUAUAUUUCUGGCAUAUAUGAGCAAUACAUAAGUCACCAUGCUAUCUGUAACACUAAUCUGUAGUACAUUUGUAAAAGAAUAAUAAAUGAAUUAAAAAAUAAA